GUCUGUAUUUUCCGAUUGCUGACGAAGGUCUGUAUUUACCGGUGUUUUAUGUGUCCAUUGGCUGCGUGAGACAGCAGGCAGCCUCUGCUGUUUGUCCACACAGUGUAUCGAUAACCGGUGCAAUCGAUGGCGCAGGAUAAAACAGGUUAGGUGAAUCAAUUGCAGAACAGAUGGAGUGGAAGGUGGAAGCAGCUUGUGAAGAAUCAAGGCUAUAGAAACUGGGAAUUUAAAUUUUGGUCCACUGGAAUUUUACAGACCUUUGAGUUAUCUGCAAAGGAUUUAAGGAAAAUAUUCCCCUAAUACUGUGGAAUCUCUUGCAAGGGGAUUCUGGCAAGGUGGAAAUACAGAAAAUAGCAGCUAGAAGGUGAGGAGGACAGUUUUUAUUUCAGCACCUGAUUGGCUGUUGGAUCUCAGCGAUGCAUUUGUAGACAAGGUUUCAAAAAGGGGGUAAUGAUAGGAUGCUGCAGUUAGCUGGAGUGGGAUUGAACCCCACCUAAACUGUUCCUGUCCUUUUUGAACCCCACUUUUCCACAAUGUCCUGCCCUUUCCGUGGGAAGCUGAAGCUCUUGGUUGCCACGGUGACAUUUGUCAUCCUCAUCACUUGGCUUUACCUGUUUGUGGGUAAUUUAGAGAACGGCCGGUCCCUGUUGCUGUCCCCGUGUUUGGAUGAGCAGUCAGAUCGCUACCUGGAACACAACGUCCUUGAUGCACGCGUCCGGGAAGUGGAGGAGGAGAACCGCCAGCUGCGCCUUCAGAUCAGCCAAUCCCAGAGCAGCAAUCAGGAUGGGAACUACGGCAACCAGCAGUGGGCAGCGUCCGCAGACACGGGCGCAGAGGAUGGGGAAAACACUGCAGAGGAACGAGGCAAUCGCACGGACUGCAUGAAACAGCCUGUGGUGGAAAAGUGUGAGCUCCUCCAUGUUGCAUGCGUGUGUGCGGGCCACAAUGCCAGCCGUGACGUGAUCACCCUUGUGAAGUCCAUCCUGUUCCACAGGAAGAAUCCCCUGCAUUUCCAUUUCAUCACAGAUGCAGUGGCUCAUGAGAUCCUCAGCUCUCUCUUUCAGUCCUGGAUGGUACCUUCUGUGCAAGUUAGCUUCUAUGAUGCCGAUGAACUCAAGUCUGAGGUUGCUUGGAUUCCCAAUAAGCAUUACUCAGGGAUAUAUGGACUGAUGAAACUGACCUUGACCAAAGCGCUGCCCUCUGACCUCACAAAGGUCAUUGUCCUGGAUACAGACAUCACCUUUGCCACUGACAUUGCAGAGCUGUGGACCAUCUUUAGAAAAUUCACAGACAAACAGGCCAUUGGUCUGGUAGAAAACCAAAGUGACUGGUACCUGGGAAACCUGUGGAAGAAUCACAAGCCCUGGCCGGCCCUAGGGAGAGGGUUUAAUACGGGUGUAAUCUUGCUGUUGCUGGAGAGGCUGCGCUGGAUUGGCUGGGAGCAGAUGUGGAGACUGACUGCAGAGCGGGAGCUGAUGAGCAUGCUUGCCACCUCGCUGGCUGACCAGGAUAUUUUCAAUGCUGUUAUCAAGCAGAACCCUGUCCUGGUUCAUCAGCUGCCCUGUUUCUGGAAUGUGCAGCUGUCUGACCACACCCGCGCCGAGCAGUGCUACACAGAGGUGUCAGACCUCAAGGUGAUCCACUGGAACUCUCCUAAGAAGCUGCGCGUGAAGAACAAGCAUGUGGAGUUCUUCAGGAACCUGUAUCUGACCUUCCUUGAGUAUGAUGGCAAUCUGCUCCGGAGAGAACUCUUCGGCUGCCCCAGCCAGCCCAGCACAGAGAGCAUUAAGAAUGAGCAGAGAAGCAGCUCCAGUCCCUUCACUCGCCUGCUUCCUGUGCUCCAGUUACAGGGAGCCCUGGAGGAGCUGGACGAGGAUGACCAGUGUUACGAUUUCCGCCGGGAGAAGAUCACCAUGCACCGGGUUCACCUCUACUUCCUGCAGUACGAGUACACCGAGACGCAGGGUGGGGCCGACGUCACGCUGGUGGCACAACUCUCCAUGGACAGGUUACAGAUGUUGGAAGCCAUCUGCAAGCACUGGGAAGGGCCCAUCAGCUUGGCCCUGUACAUGUCGGAUGCCGAGGCCCAGCAGUUCCUGCGCUACGCCCAGGCCUCGGAGGUGCUGAAGAGCCGCAAGAACGUUGGCUACCACGUCGUCUACAAGGAGGGCCAGUUCUACCCUGUCAACCUGCUGAGGAACAUCGCGUUGAGAAACGCCAACACUCCCUACGUCUUUCUGGCAGACGUGGACUUCCUGCCAAUGUACGACCUAUACGAUUACCUCAGAAAAUCCAUAAUCCAGCUGGACAUGGCCCACACAAAGAAAGCCCUGAUCGUCCCAGCAUUUGAAACCCUGCGGUAUCGCCUCUCUUUUCCCAAAUCCAAAGCAGAGCUUCUCUCCAUGCUGGACAUGGGGACCCUCUAUACUUUCAGGUACCACGUAUGGACCAAGGGCCAUGCCCCAACUGACUAUGCCAAGUGGAGAACAGCAACCACCCCCUAUAAAGUGGAGUGGGAGUCAGACUUCGAGCCUUAUGUUGUAGUGAGGCGUGACUGUCCGGAGUACGAUCAGAGGUUUGUUGGUUUUGGCUGGAACAAAGUAUCUCACAUCAUGGAACUUGAUGCACAGGAGUAUGAUCUGGUGGUAUUGCCCAAUGCCUUUGUGAUCCACAUGCCUCAUGCCCCAAGCUUCGAUAUCUCCAAAUUCAGAUCCAGCUCCGGCUACAGGAACUGUCUGCAAACGCUGAAGGAUGAGUUUCACCAGGAUCUAUCCCGCAAGUACGGCUCAGCAGCCCUGAAAUACCUCACUGCUGAAAGGAACAUGUAGAAGAUCUGCCCCAACCCUCGGCUAACCCACUAACAUCCUGGGAUUGGUACCUGCUGAAGAGCUGGGUGAUCUCACAGCUACAUCCAGGAGCACUACUUUAUAAUCCCUAGAGUUGUGUUGGCCAAGGUUUCAAGCAGAUAAUACACAGGAUGCAUUGAAACAUUAAUGUUGGGAGAAAGAUGGAUUUUCAAUAUUUGUAAAACAGAACUAUUACAAAUGGCUAUUCCUGGGCUUUUUUUCUAUUUUUAUUAUUAUUGUAAAUUGGUCCUGGCAAUUUCACAGAUUUAUACAGCACAUACAAAGGUUAAAGAAAGACAGAAAAAUAGGGGCAGUGGGAUUUCAUUUGGGGACCAUUUGCUUGUCAAAGCAAAGCUAUUUCAAUAACUGUGGGAAUAAAAAAAAAAAAAAAAUUGCUUUAAAAAUGAAAGAACAUUCUUUUUGACAAUCAGUACCUUUUUGUUUUUAAUGAGGGCAGAUGAUUCCGUGGGUGAUUUUUAAAAAAAAAAAUGAAUAUAGUUUUAAUGACACCAAACAUGAAAGUUAGACAUUAAAGACAAUAUUGUUGAAGGAGAUUGAUGAAGAUGUGCAACACAUUUGGAUGUUAUUUCAACCUGCUCUGGAGCAAGAAGCUUUUAAUCAACAGGUAACCGUGACUUAUAUAAAAAAAUAACAAUAAAAAAAAGAAAGAAGAAAAAAAACA